AUGUCUAGAAAUCCCUUACUUGAACAAGUAAGGUCUUCAUUCCAACGUUCAAGAUCUUUGAACGCAGGGCCAUCUUUGCAACCAAACCGGGUGAUCUCUGAAAUUCAGAAUCGUCUAGAAAGAGAGUUGGCAACUGCAAAAGAGCAAGCCAUUGCCACAUUUGAAGGUCUUGCUAUCCACACUGACCUCCCAAGUUCUUCACCUUCAAAUUCAGAAUCAAGUUCAGACCAAAAAGAAGAAGAAGAGAUGGCUGCCAAUGAGUUCAUGGGAGACCUUGAUAUCCCAACAAUUCCAGCAUCCCCUUCAAGCAUCUUGCUGCCCACCGCAGCUCGAAACUAUGAGCUUAAAUCUUCUCAUCUUAAUAUGUUGCCUUCCUUUUAUGGUUUACCUAAUGAAGAUCCAUUAACCCAUAUAAAGGAUAUUUUUAAUGCUGUGAGCUCUUUUCCCUUGACAGGUGUGACGGAAGAUCAACUUCGAAUGAGAGUGUUUCCUUACACUUUGAAAGACAAGGCGAAAUAUUGGUUGAAUUCUUUGAAGCCUAGUUCACUCACGACUUGGGGAGCCAUUCAAAAGAAGUUCUUAGAGAAAUACUUCUCCACGCAAAAAACCGACAUGCUUAGGGACAAGAUCUUACUAUUUGCACAACAAGAUGAUGAGUCAUUUUGUGAAGCAUGGGAGAGAUUCAAUGGGCUGCUCAAUCAAUGUCCUCAUCAUGGGAUUCCAUUGAAGCUUCAGAUGCGUAUGUUUUAUAAAGGACUAACCCCCUCUAGCCAUAAUAUUGUCACUAAUUUUGCAGGUGGUUCUUAUAAGACUAAGACUCCAGAAGAAACAUAUGAACUCUUUGAGGAGAUAGCAAUGGAGACCCAACACACCGAUACAAGAGGUAAACGUAUUGCUGGUGGUUCUAAUGAUUCUUCCAGUGUGCAGAUUUCCAAAUUGGAACAAAAGCUUGAUGCCCUCCUUGCAUUGAACUCAAGAAACCCUUCAAAGGAAGUGUGUAGCAUCUGUGAAACUCAUGAUCAUCCUACCAUUUCUUGUCCCCUUGGGGCUGCAUAUCCAGAAUUUGUGCAAGAGCAAGCUAAGUUGGUGAAUUCCUACAACCGAGGUCCAAUAAAUGAUCCAUAUUCUCAAAGUUAUAAUCCAGGUUGGAGGAAUCAUCCAAACUUUUUAUGGAGGAAUACACAGAAUCAAGCGAAUCCCUCUUCACUCCAAAGGCCACAACAAUCAUGA